UCUCCUCCAUAAACUGCUGCUGGCACACGCCAGCCUCGCCUACUCUUUGCGACCCGUGGGCCAAUUCUUCUCAGGCGAGCACCGCAUUGCUUGUCUGAGCGAGGUUGUGCUGCACAUAGCUUCCUAGCUAGCCACCUCUCCAAGCUUCCGUACACACACACACGGCCACCAAAUACACCUAUCAUACCUGUUCGUGCGCGCGACAGCCACACAGUCAAGAGAUGGUCGCUACUGAGAUCCCUCAGCACUACACUGCCUCGCCUUCGUCGCACAUUGGCACCCCUCAUUUGACCAUCAACAAGGAGGCUACCAUCGAUCUCGACUCGACCAACUCGUUUGAGGGUCCUGAGAAGCUCCUGGAAGUAUGGUUUAGCGCUUCCGCUACCGAGUUGCCCGGACAAGCGGGUCCAACCGGACUGAAGACGGUCUCCGCAGAGGUCUGGAAAGACAUGCUCGAUCUUGUCAACUGCAAGGUUCUCUCUGUCAUUGAGUCUGAACAUGUCGACGCUUAUCUACUGUCCGAGUCGAGCAUGUUCGUCUUUCCCCACAAGGUCGUGCUCAAGACUUGCGGAACUACAACCCUCCUUUGGGGCCUCACCCGCAUGCUAGAGAUUGCUGCAGGAGUUGGCUUCCCCUACGUUGCCCCCAAGGCAUCAGGCGUCGCGCCAGCCGCCACACCGUACCGCGUGUUCUACAGCAGGAAGAACUACCUCUACCCCGAUCAGCAGCGUGGACCCCACCGCAGCUGGCGUGAUGAGGUUCGCUACCUUGACGACCGCUUCCAGGGUGGCAGUGCCUAUAUGAUUGGCAAGAUGAACGGCGAACAUUGGUACCUCUACAUCACCGGUCCAGACACCAGCCUCACUCCACCUCCCAGCCCUGGUGAGGAGAAGCUCGCGCCUGACACCGAGACCAAGUUCGUGAGCCACCCUCAACGCAUGUUGCGUGAGCAGGCCACCGACGAAGAAGAGGACGAGACUCUGGAGAUCCUGAUGACCGACCUCGAUGAGAAGAACGCCCGUCAGUUCUAUCUAGAGGACGCAAGUGCGGUUGCGGAAGGUCGCUACAUUCAGAGGGCCCGUGAGGCUCGCAAGAACGCCAUCCAGUCCCUAGGUACCAUUGCGGAAGAGAAUGGCCACAGCGAGAGUCUCGGCGGCUCCACUGUCCUCAACUCCGCUGCUAACACCCACACCUCUGAUGACAGCUUCGACGUGUUCGAGCAGACUUCUUCCGACCACUCUGGUUUCAACUCUGACGAGGAGCUUACCUUCCCCGAAGAGUUGACCACCGAGGGUCACACGCUCGGCACGGUUGUUUCUGAGCACUGUGGUUUGGCUGAUGUUUACCCUACCUCCAAGUACCCCGACGCCCGUAUCGACGCCUACCUGUUCACGCCCUGUGGCUUCUCUGCCAACGGUGUUAUUCCCGCUCCAGGUGGUGCCCCCAACGGCUCCAAGAAGGGUUCUGAUGCCACGCACUACUUCACCGUGCACGUCACACCUGAGCCCCAGUGCUCCUACGCCUCGUUCGAGACCAAUGUACCUGCCCGCCAGACUGGUAGAGAGACGGCUGACGUGGUCGAGCAUGUUGUCGGCAUCUUCAAGCCUGGCAGAUUCAGCGUCACUCUUUUCGAGGCCAAGCCUACUGCUGAUGAGAUGCCCGCCAAGAACAUUGAAAAGGCGAAGAGGAUGGAGACGAUUGCGGGAUACCGUCGCGUCGACCGUAUUGUACAUGACUUGGAUGGCUACGAUCUUGUCUUCCGAUACUACGAGCGCGAUGACUGGAAGGGUGGAAAGCCUCGGCUUGGCGAGAUCUUCUGAGUGGCUCUGCGAUGAAGUGUCCGUACACAGUAGUAUUCUGUUCGAUGUUUUGCGAGUGUACUCAAUUGGUAUUUUGUACAGCGUUACUGCACAGUCACUACGUUGUCUAGCUAGCGGUUCGGUUUGUUUGGUGUUUAUUCAGGUCAUAAUCAAAGUUAACUUCAAAUCAUACACUUUAUCUCUUUGACUCUUGCCACACUUGUGAUCCUGUGUGCUCAUCCUUCUGUUCAAAUUGGGUAGCCGAGUUGUGGCUGAGGCUGCGUAUUAUCCACUUCCUCUCAACAUCAGCCCUCCCACCACCGUUCCUAAGGCUUUGGCGUCUGUGUUUGUUUGCCUGUUCAUUUCCGCUCGUGUCAAACGCUGCUCUCCCACAGCGCCAGCCACUUGCUGUCUGUUCCUCAGACACCGCCGGCUAGCUCUUGUUGCUCACAACAUACCGCCCUUUGCCUUCACCUAUAGCUUGC